AUGGUUGCAAGCGGGACAAACACUGCCGCAGAGAAUUCUGCAGAGUUAAAUAACAGAGAUACUUCUCCGCAGCAAGAAGAAGCUGAAGAUACACCUAACAACUUUGAGGCUAUUUGGCAGAACAUGGUUGCAAGUGGGACAAACGCUGCUCCUGAAAAUUCAGCAGACUCUGAUACUCCAGAUUUUUUAAACAGAAGUGGUCUCAAUGGUAUUCGGCAGUUAAUAGAUGAUUUAGACGCACAGUUACCUUGUAAUGAUGAUGCCAGUUUGAACCCUGGUGAUGUUCAGAAUAAUGUCAGUGUUAGCAAUAGCUUACGUAAUAGAACUGCUUCUCCAAAUUCACAUCGGGGGGAAAGACGACGUGCCCGUAGAAGAAUUCAUAACCAAAAUCCUGGCCAGUUUAGAGCAGAGACAUUUGUCAGAAAUACGUCGCCAUCACGACAAAAUCGACAGUAUCACGGCACAACUCAGCAUAUACCUCCGCUACGCUUCUCUUCUGCGCUGAGUGAGUCGCCCCCGUCAACGUCACCUUCUGUAGAAUAUCCAUCAGCCAGAUUUGUGGAUGGUCUUUUCGGACCUACUCGCCAGUUAGGACCUUUUCCAAAUCCUUAUUUUCGAGGAUAUGGCACUGAAGAUGACCCAUAUGAACUGUCGCCAGCUUCAGGUAUUUCAGAACAACCCUCAAGUCCAUUAGCCUUCGACGGCACUGGCAACUUGCUGUCUGAUGAGGAAAUUGCUCGCCAGCUGCAGCAAGAGGAGUGGGAAGCAGCUGGUAACUACGGUUCUAGUCGACAUCUCUCUCGUCAACCUCGGGGCGGAGGAGGGUUCAACUCAUUUCAUUUGCCGCAUCGAAGGGGUAGAGCAUCAGAAUUGUCUCCUCUGAGACUUUCAAGGUCAUGGGCAGGGAGCCGUGGUGGACAGAGUUCGUCGAGGGAUAACAGUGGCCACCAUUUG